GCCCCCAAUGCUCUGCCCAAUCCCAAUCCUCCAUCAAUAGCUGCUCAUUCUAUGGCAUAUGCAAUCGCCGGUGGCCACAACCCAUAACCUCCAUCCUCCGUCGACUGUUCUGUUGAUUCCCAGAAGCUGAAAAAUCCAAUUGGGUUCAAUAAUUCGGGUAAUGUUCGCCAUAAACCCUACUUCCCUUUUCUUCCCUUCCAAUCCCGCCACUGCUCGUCAUCAAUCCUCAUCUCUCUCCCCCUCCUUCCUCCGCUGCCGCGCCACCGCCGGAGACGCCCCGGUGGGCCCUUCACUUUCCCGGUUGUUCAAUUUCCCGUCCGUUGCUGCCACCGAUGCGGCCGGCGGCUUUCGACUUGGACCAGAGUAUGACGGAGGAGCUUCCUCCGCCGCUGUCGAUGGUGCGGGGAGGUCGGGUGGCGGAAACGGUAGCGUUAAAGUGAAUGCCAUGGAGAAAAAAUGGUCACGGGAUAGAGAGAGUUACUUGGCCGAUGACAGCGACGUUCUUCCGCUUCCUAUGACUUAUCCGGAUUCUUCCCCUGUCCCGCCGGAGGAGAUCGACCGUCGGCUUCGGUGUGAUCCCCAAGUGGAGGAUUGUAAAGAAGUGGUGUAUGAAUGGACCGGGAAGUGUCGCAGUUGCCAGGGGUCUGGAUUUGUUAGCUACUAUAACAAAAGGGGAAGAGAGAUCACUUGCAAAUGUAUACCUUGCCUUGGAAUUGGGUAUGUGCAGAAGAUAACGGCUCGAAAGGACAUCGAACUAAUGGAGGAUUUAGAUAAYGGAAAAUCAUUGUGAUUCAAUGAAGUAUUGAUUAUCUUUCGGAAAAUAGUACAUCUCUAGCCCCACCUCGGAGGGGCUGUAAUUUUUCCCACAGAAGUUUAUCUUAGAUUAGCCUUUGUAUUGAUGAUAGGCAACAGAAGCAAUGGAAAGAAUAUUAGCCUGCUAAGAAAACAGUGGCAAAAUAUAAAUAAAAAAAAAAAGAGAGAAGAAAAUACUGCAAAUUUGGCAGUGAGUUUAGUUAGCUUCAUUCUUGACUGUCUUUUGCAAGAAGUCAUAAUUCUUUAUUACAAUCCUGUCAGAAAGUCUGUUGAGAGACUAUUUUUCAAA